CAAUAUCUCACAUUAUUGAAUUUAGAAACGAGCUGUCCCUCAACAGCCCCCCACUUUCUCCCUGAACCCUUUUAUAUUCCCCUCUCCUUUUGAACCCUUCCCUCACUCCCCAAACUCCCACUCUCCCAAAACUCUCAAAAACUCAUCAAAACCUCUCUCUCUCUCUCUCUCUCUCUCUCUCUCUCUUCCACAAAAAGAAGAGAAACAAAAAAUGAAGAUGGGUUUUGCUGGGUUUCAAGUUCUCUUGGUCUUGGGUCUCUUGGCUACAUCAUGCAUAGCCCAAGCCCCGUCCGCCGCACCCACCGCCACACCACCAACCGCAACACCACCAACCGCAAAGCCACCAACCGCAACACCACCCACAGCCAACCCUCCAUCCCCCGCACCAGUCCCGGCACCUACCACGUCACCAACUCCAUCUCCAACCACAGCCCCAGCUCCAAGCACCACAGCGCCAGCCUCCUCCCCCUCAGCCGAGACACCGCCUUCAACUUCUCCACCUGCACCCGCGGGCCCAGCCGGCAGCCCGAACUCCCCAACUGCCGAAACCCCAUCUCCUCCUCCUCCCAGUGGGAACUACGCUCCUGGAUUGGCCAGCCGCGCUGCUAUUGCCGGAACUGCUCUCGCCGGAGCCCUGUUUGCCGUUGUGUUGGCUUAAGACGCUCGUAGAGUUUGGCCUUGGCUGGCUGGCUCUCUUGGGUUUUUUGCAGUUCGUCCACUUGGAGACUCGUAGGCUGUUGGAUCUGGGUUUUGAUGGACGGACGAGAUCUAUUAUUUUCAUUUGAUUCUGCUUUAGUGCUUUUUUUUUUGCUGUGUUUCUUCCUUUUAACUUAUAUUGGGUUUGACUCAUGGAGGAUAUUUGGAUGGUGAUUAGUGCUCUUAAUUAUUUCGGUGAUUCAUAUUGUUUCGGAGUCGACACGUGCACACAUUUGUAGAUGAGUCGUUUGGAUGUACAUCUGAUGAUAGUUUAAUAAAACAGUUUGCAAUUCUUUUUUUUUUU